AGGACCAUCCUGGAAACUGCGCGAGCGCUGCUGAUCGAAUCAGGGCUGGGGAACUCCAUGUGGCCUCAUGCGGUGAGGCAUGCUACAGUGGCAAGGAACCGCGUACUCACAAAGGUGGCUGAUGAUAUGUGGGUGCCGCUGGAGAGGUGGCUUGGAAAGAAGCCUCCAGUGGACAUGCUUCGAGUGUUCGGAUGCAUGGCAGUGUCGCAUGUCCCUAAACCGUACAGGACAAAGCUUGGAGCAUCUGCACUGUGGUGUGUGCACCUUGGGCUUGCGGCAGAGAGCAAGGGGUGGCUACUCUGGGAGCCCUCGAAGAAUGUGCUGUUUGACAGUCGGGAUGUCAAAUUUGUGGAGAACAUCAUGUAUGGCAAGUGGGAGAAGCAGCCGGAGGCAAGGGUCACCCAGCAGCUGGAAGAGAUCACUAUGCACUUCGAUGUGUCCGAACCUGAGGACAGCGAAGUCACUGCGCCAACGGCAAGCGGUACUGAUGAAGGAAGCAAUGAGGAUAUUGCAGCUGAUGCUGAAGUCAAGGAUCCGGAGCAGCAGCAGCAAGAGGCUUCCAAAACACCAAGUCUGCCAAAGCGAAGGAAACAGAUUGGUGGGGGGACAAAGGAUUGGGUGAAGGUGAAAGAAUGGGUAAAUCCAACCAUCUACCCUGCACGGACAGUACAUCAUCACCUUGGCUGAGAAGUACGCUCUGCAGGAAGAACGGGAAGUGGUCACACCUUUGCCUUCCGAGUUCAAACUCAUAAAGGCAGCUGAAGGAGAAGGAGUUGAGAGUGAAGACCAGAGGCAAUUCCAAUCCAUGGUCGGGAGCCUACUCUACGCUGCUGUGCAUACUCGGCCUGACAUCAGCUUUGCUGAGUAGUGCAAAAUCCAACAGAAGAGCAGUGUGGUGCAGCGGAGAGAGUGGUGCGCUACCUCAAGUCAUACCCUACAAUGGGAGUACAGUAUUCAGCCUCUGCUCAACUCAGUCAAAAAGGAGUUGAAGUCCUCAAAGAGAAGGGGGAGCAGCUCGGAGAAGGAAAGGUGUUCCUUUCCUGUUUUGCUGAUGCCACGUGGGCUUCUGAGCAUGAGGAUUCAUCAUCAGUUGGUGGAUACAUCUGCAUGGUGGGAGGUGGGCCUGUAAGUUGGAGGUCCAAAAAGCAGUCUGAGACGGCACUAUCUUCAGUGGAAUCUGAGUACAUGGCGAUGUUUCAUGCGGCAAAAGAAAUCAUCUGGCUAAGGAGGCUCUUGAAGGAGAUCGGCCAUGAACAGACUUGUGCGACACCUCUGUUCAGUGACAGCAAGGGAGCCAUUGCCAUGGCACGCAACGCAGUUCUUCAAGGGUUGAACAAGCACAUGAGGAUCAAGUGGCAUUGGCUGCGGAAGGAGGUGAAGCUUGGGACACUGGAUCCGAUCUACGUGAAAACUCAGCAACAGCCAGCCGACUUCCUUACCAAGCGGCUAGCUGAAGAGCCACACUGGCGCUGUGCGAGGAUGGCGGGAAUGUCCUUGAACUAGAGAUGGCGAAACAAGCCGACAGUCUGAGGGGGAGUGUGUUGGUGCAUAUUCAUUUGCACGUCAUCCUGUCGUCUGUUCGCAUCAUUUCGUUUGCAUGUGUUUUGUGUGCUACGUUGUUUGUAUGGUUUGUUGGGUUUGCAUGUCUUUGCAUGUUCAUCUUGUGCUUGUGCAGAUGUGCUUGGAUUGUGCAUGACAUCGAGCACAUUCCAACGAGCCAAGAAUUGUUGGAAUCGGAGCACAUGCGAAGAAGUUACGAAGAAAUGUUUGAUGGAUUUGUUACAACUCAUUGGAAGUCCUUGUCAGCUGCUACACCAAAGUUGGAGAGCCCUAUAACGAGGAGGGACCAGCAUGUGUGGGACUUUUGUUCCCACCUUGCAGCUGCAGCAUUUGGGGUUUGGAGGCCAAUCUGGCACAGUGUGAAUUUUGUCUUGCCAGGCUGGCUGAACCUGAGGAUGGGGAGUCAAAACUUUGACUCUUGUCAUGUUCUUGACCAUGGGCCUCCAGGGUCCUUCCCUUUCAUCCUUCCCUUCCUACCCCACCUUCCAACUGUGCUUCAAUGCCUUUUCUAUCAUGCCUCUGAACUUGUAAGCUUCAAUCAUAAUCGUUUCACCGAUUGGAGUUUUGGAUAUAGCUAUUCGAAGGUCGCAAGUUUUCUGGGCGUCAUAACGAAGUGCUGCAGAAAUUUCCAAGGAGCCAUUGAAUCAUCUGCUUAUAGUC